GUUGCAUUUCCACACUAGACUACGCACGGCGCAAUCCCUCCACACUUUUGCGUGCCCGAACUUUGAUGCUUCAAGUCAGGCCCGCCGCAGUGCUUCGGAAAUCACCGCCCGCCGCUGCACACGGAGUCAGAUACGUAGCCACACGUGUUGCUGCUCCUGAGCGCUCAGCAAUGACCGUGAGCCAGGAUGUGACCGCUAAAAUUGAUGAGGCGCUGAAGGUGCUCACUGCGAAAAAGAAGGAGUGGGCUCAGCUGCCGCUGGAGAAGAAGGUGGAGCUGCUGGACGCUGUACGUCUACGUCUGGAUGACCAAAUGCUGACGCUGGGCCGUGCGGGCGCCCGUUUGAAGGGCUCAGAUGAGGACCAGAACCUGGUGGUGGGCGAGAUGCUGACGUCCGUGGCCGUGCCCGCCACCUACAUCCACCGCCUGGCCAGCAGCCUGCGGCAGCUGGCGGCCAGCGGCAAGGUGGCGGCGCUGCCCACACGCACCGCGGCCUCGGGGCAGAAGGUGGUGCAGGUGUACCCUGUCACCUGGUCCGACCGCAACAGCCUGCUGCAGCCGGGUGCCACCGCCGAGCUGUACCUGCGGCCGGAGCAGGCCGAGGUGCGGCAGGGGCUUGUGUACGGCCCCGACGGCAGGGUGGCGGAGCACGACGGCCGCCUGUGCGCCGUGCUGGGGGCGGGCAACCACGGCUUCCUGGCGCUCAAGGACGCGCUGGUGUGCCUGUACGAGCGCGGCGAGGUGGCGGCCAUCAAGCCGCACCCCGCCCAGAGCGAGUGGCACCGCGCCGCGGAGUACGCCCUGCAGCCGCUCAUCGAGGCCGGCUACCUGCGCAAUCUGUACCUGGACAGCGCCGAGGACACCCGCGCGCUGCUGUACCACCCCCUGGUGGACUGCGUGCACAUGACGGGCGGCACCGCCACGCACGACGCCAUCGUGUGGGGCUCCACGCCUGAGGAGCAGGCCCGCCGCCGCGCCGCUGACGACCCCGUGCUCAAGGUGCCCAUCACUUCGGAGCUGGGCUGCAUCACCCCCUUCAUCAUCCCGCCCUGGAGCUACACGCCCAAGCAGCUGGAGGCGCAGGCGGCGGACCUGGUGGUCGCCAUGACCAGCAACGUGGGCUGCAACUGCAACAGCGCCAAGGUGCUGGUGCUGCCUGCGGACUGGAGCCAGGCGGACGCCUUCAUGGACUGCCUGCGGGCGGCGCUGAAGCAGACGCCGCUGGACCCGGCCUACUACGCGGGCAUCCACAGCCGCUAUGACGCCUUCAAGAAGCAGUACCCCAAUUGCGAGGUGGUGGAGGCGCCCGCCGUCAAGCCCACCCGCCCGCUGUCCGGCCCGCCACUGCCCUACCUCAUCAACGUCAUGGACAAGCUGCCGGCCGAGCCGCACAAGGAGUACGCGUUCAAUGUGGAGCCUUUUGCGCCGGUGCUGACGGUGGUGCGGCUGCCCACCCAGGGCGUGGAGGCCUUCCUGGCCGAGUCGGUGCGCUUCGCCAACGACGACCUGUGGGGCAGCCUCAGCUGCAUGAUCAUCCUGCACCCGGACAUGGAGAAGGCGCACCCGGAGGCCUGCCGCAAGGCGGUUGACGACUUGCGGUUCGGGGUGGUGUCGGUCAACGCCUGGAGCGCCGUGUCCUUCGUGACGGGCGCCGUCACCUGGGGCGCCUUCGCGGGCGACCAGACCAUCAAGGACGUGCGGUCUGGUCUGGGUGUGGUGGGCAACCCCUACCUGGUGGACGGCGUGCAGAAGGCGGUGUAUCGGGUGCCAAUCGACGGCGAGGCGGUUCCCAAGCCGCCCGCCAUGAAGCCCAUCCCAAUGGCGGCGGCCCGCCUCAUCAUGGGCUUUGUGGUGGACGGCUGGCGCGGCCUGGUCGGCUCCUUCUGGGCAAAGUAGAAACGUAUGGCGCUAAACUGUGCUGUUUACGGUAUUGUGCGGUGCAGGAGGCAGCGGGCAGGCGCGUGAGCAGGAGGUGAUGGAGUUUUGAGGGUUGGCUUGGACGCUUAGUGGUGGGCCGACUAGAGGCGCUAGCGCGCGUGUGUGCGCGAGUGCGGGAGUGCGGGAGCAGCUCGACUGCGCGGUUGCAAGGGCCCGCGCGAUACACACUCCAUGCGCGCUUAAAUCCUGUGCAUGCGUAUGGACUGCGUUAUCAUUUGUUAUUGUGUCAAUGCAGCUCUACUUUGUGGUGGCGGUUUGGCUGAGAGGGCGGACCUCCCGGGUCAUUGUGCGGGGGCCGGGUGGAGACAGCUUACAUGUUUUACGUGUCCCGGGAUUCAUGAUUUUGCGAAUUCCUUUCCUGCUUACAUGCAUACAAUUGUACUAUUGUAACGUUAAUCAGGU